GCGUGCAUGGGUGACAGCAAAGCGGUCAGUGAUCGACGGAGACAGCUUUACGGGCCACCCAGGCUUGCAGCAGUCACAGAAGUACGGCAUGUCUUACAGUCGGACCACGUGUUACGGAAAGGAGAACUGUACGACAGUCGUGGAGAUCCGUGGAGGACAACUACGAACGAUUCGUUCAAGGGAGAUUCAGGAAACCGCGCAAAAGGUCGAGAUCCGAAGGAACAAUUGAAGACCAACUUUCAGUUGGGUUCGUAUGAUGUCGUCGAACGGUCAACCAUUCAGGAGGAUUUCACAGAGAAGUCGGUGAGAGGGACGAAGUCGUGUGCUCCUCCUGACCUUCAUGACAUCCAUCUGGCGGAUAUGGCACCACGUUAUAUGGAGGAUAAGAGCUUUGGGUCGUCGUUGUAUAAGACAGACUUUGAUGGGAAAAAGCGCUGGAAUGACUGGACGACUUCUGUUGGUCCACACGGCAAGCUAAUCUCACCAGAAGAAAGAAAGAAAACUACCAACUACCUGCGAGCAACACACUUCCAGUUUGGACACGAUGCUCCUACUGUGGCUACUGAAACUGCUGAUGCAUAUGGAACAGUAUCAGAUGGAUUGAGUAAGACUGGUGUGCCUGGUCUUGCUUCUGAUCGUGGAACAACUCACGUGUUUCGUGCUGGAGAUUAUAACGUUGAGGGUCGACCUGGCAGCUAUGUGUCAGUCCAUAUGAGUGAUUUUGGGCAGCAAACGGCUGCUGGAGUGUCGACGGUUAUACCUAAGGCAUAUGGACACGUGUUACCAAAAGAGACUCCCAGCAGCAAUCUUGCAGCCAGCGCACUUCGUCACGCUCUCCAACAACAGAACUACAAUCAUUUCAGCAAUCCACGCGACCCCGUCAGCGUCAAUCUACUGAAAGCAUUUACCAAAUACGAUCGCGAUCGAUCCGGAUUCAUAACGUUUGACGAGCUGCAAUUGAUGUGCCUAGACUUAAUGGGAAAUCAAGCCUCGUUUUCAGAACAGGAACUAAGAGAUCUGCUGAGAGAAUGUGACCAGAAUGAAGAUGGUCAAAUUGAUUACAAUGAGUUCUUCCGGUUUCUUGUUUGUCAAUCUCAGCCGGUUGCUGUCGAUGGGGCAUUUGUGAGCAGUCAGCAGGAGAGUUAUAGGAAGCAAGAGAAGGAUGAGAAAUUGAUGCAGAAUGUGAAGAGAAGACUACAUGAAGAUCCUAUAGCUGAUGGUAACUAUCAGAUAUCAACACAUUUCCAGUUUGGUACAAACGAAGCCUUUCCAUCGUCCGUAUACACUGGAGAUUACACACAGAUGCGUCGACCAUGUGUCAAACCGGAUCGCUGUCCACCACCGAUCUCAUCGAAGAUGAUACCAGAGGAACCAGACAGGCGGACAGGAAUGCCCACACAACGACGCGACUAUGUCGAUCACUCAACAGCACAAACGGCCACCAGCACUGAACAAGACGUGUCAAAGAACAAGGAGAGACACAAGCUACAGUCGGUUGCAUUCUCAUGUAAUCCACACGCGUAUAGUGAAGAUAGACAGAAGUCAGUCACUCAGUUAGCAUAUUGCGGCAAAACGAGUCUUCCAGCCGAGCGGUUACUCAACUCUUUACCUCAAUACAAACAUUUACAAAGCGAUGAGGCUUUGCUUGUUCCACCAAGGGAACCGAAAGAGAGUGAGGCACAGUCACGUUUUGUGCCUCCAAUAACAAGUGUGGAGUUGGCAGCACAGAAGAGGAGGGAAAGUCGCAUGGAGAUGAAGGAGAGAUUGAAGGAUAACAAGCAAACGCAUUUCCCGUUUGGAUUUGAUCCUGACACGAAGAUCAGUGAACAAAAGUUUCAGUUUGAAUCCAGACCUCCAGUGGACUCCACAGUUCCUGCUGCUGGAGUUUCUGGCACUACACAUUUCUCACAUGUGACACCCAGUGAAGCACAUGGGAAUGAUGGCAGUGGUGAUUCCUUGUCAGGUGGGGUUCAAAAUGAGAUUGUAAAGAAGACCUAUGAAAGACAUCUCAAUCCUCGGGAUCCGAUCCACAUGAACCUCAGAAUGGCAUUCCUCGAGUUUGACACCGAUCUAUCAGGCAAGAUAUCACGACAAGAAAUCAUGAAAGUUUGUGAGAAAUACAACAUAGAGAUUGAUCCUGUCACUCUUAAUGACAUUCUUAAAAGAUGUGAUCAAGAUGGAGAUGGAAUGGUUGAUUACAAUGAGUUCCAAGCAGCUUUCUCUAGGCGACGUUCGUCGGAUGGAAUGUUUGAGACGGUCAUGAAGGGUGACUACAAACCGAUUCAACAGAGACAAUUCACAGAAAUGCAAAAGCAAGUAAUUGCUGCUGAUCAAAGUCGCACAGUCUGUUCUGCCCAAACACACUUCUUUCACACAGAUCAUUCAAACAAUCCUCAUCUCUCAACAACAACCAACGACUUCAUCAAACCUGAAAUGAUGCACAGAUCAAAAGCUGCAGCUUUGUGACUGUGAUGUGUCAAGGUUGCUUGUCUUCAUCGCUUGUUGAGAAACAUGUACAACACAUUUUAAUAUAAUGGAUGGUCGAUUGAUAGAAAUUGUCUAUUGUAGUUCUGAGGAUAUAAGUGUACAUGUAGAUCAAUAGGAUAAGCAUCAU